AUGGACAUUCCUUAAAAAUGUAUUUCAUUCAGUCCUAAUUGGUUUUAUCCUCAGAUUGCAUAAAUGAAUGAUCAUUUAUUAUGUUAUGGAGUUAAUGAUUAAGUGUUUGUAUAUAAUAGUGAAAAUAAACACUUCAAAUAUACAUUAUAAGGAUAAUAAAAAGUAACAAUGUUGUAUUUAAAAGAUCAAUACAUAUUUAUUGGUUAAGAGAGUGGUAUUAUUACAAUCUUUGAACAAUAAAAGUAUUUAGGUAAGCUUGAAUUUAACAUUGAAAUUCCUAUGAUUUUAAAAGAAAUUAAUAAUCAUUAUUUAUUAUUAGAUAAUAAAGGAAUAGCUAUUGAAUUUAAAUUAAAUGAUAAAUAUGAGUUAAUACAUUUUUCAUUAAAAUUAAUAACAUAACCUCAAUGUAUACCUAAAUGGGCAGAUUAAAAUGUUGUUAUUUAUUAAAGUGGUAGAAUGUAUAGAUUUUUAUAAAAAUCAGAAUAUGAUUAUCCUUAUCAUAUAUUAUGUGUUGAUACAUUCUAAAAUUAAUAUGCAGUCUUAAAUAAAUUACAUAAAACUAUUAGUUUACAUGUAUUUCAAUUAGAUUAAAUAGAUUAAUGGAAAUUAACUAAUACUAUUAAUGAUACUGAUAUCUUCAUUGAAUUAAAAUUCAUAGUCAAUGACAAAUUGCCAACUGACAAUCUCAAAAAAGCUUCAUUAAGUCUUAAAUUUUUAGAUGAUAAAUAAAUCUUUGUUACUUCUAAACAAGGAGAAAUAUUCUUAAUUUAAUUAACUAAUCAAAUUAAAUCAUUAAAAUUAGAUGCAAAUAUCAUCUCUGAUAAACAUUUCUAUAAAUUACCAUAAGAAAUUCAUCUUAAAGGAAUUUAUUUAAUGAAUAAUUACCAUAAUCAAUAUUAUACUGUAGGUUUAGAUAGAAGAAUAUUUUCAUUUCGUAUUGAAGAUGGUUAAAUUGUUGAUUAUCAUAAAUUUGUUUGUUUAUCAGGUAAAGUUAAUAAAUUAUAAAUUGGUAAAGAGAAGAAUCUCAUAUAUUAUCAUGAUUCAACACUUAAAUCACUUGAUUUAACUAAAAAUAAAUAUCCUGUAUAUAUUAAUGAAUUUUGGAAAAUUACUGAUUUCUCUAAUUUUUAUGUUAGUCCAUUCUAAGAAGGAAUUGUUCUUAUUUAAAAAGAACAAAAAAUUGAAUUAGUUGAUAUAUAUAAAGAAUAAUUACUUGAUAAAUAUGUUUUUGAAGAUCCCAUCACUAAAGUAGAAUGGUUAAAUAAAAAAUAAGUAUUAAUAUUAUUAGAUUUAUUUGAUAUUUAAUUAUAAAAUGAUUAAGACAAUGAUUAAAUUGCAAAACCACAUCAAAUUAAAGACUCAAUCUUAGUUUUUAUGCUUACUGGCAGAAUUUAAUUAAUUGAAUUAGCAACAGGAUAAGUAUUAUUCAAUUUCUUAAUACAAUAAAAGAUUUAAAUAUAAUAGCUUUUCAAAAAUAAAAAAUUCGAUAUUAUUACAAUUAAUAUAAAUAGCAUCUAAUUUCUAUUUCAUUAUGAAAAAUGUUACUUAUUUUUUAUAUUUAAUGGAUUUCAUAUUUUCUAUUAUCAGAAAUAACAUUGUGAUACUAAGUAAAUUCAUAAUACAGAAAUAAAUUGUAUUGAUGUUAGUUUAUAUAAUAACAAUAUUUAUUUACUCACUGGUUGUAAUAAUCAAACUAUAUCAAUCAAUGUAAUCCAGGAUGAAAUUGUUUUAUUGGGUUAUUUAAAACAUCGUUUUCCAAUUUAAAAAGUUUAAUAACGUAAUGGAUUAAUCACAGCUCUAGCCAAAUGUCAUUAAUCAUUACAAAUUUGGAAUGUCAAUGAAAUCUUAUAAAGAAUGAUACCUAAUAGAUAAACAUUGGAAGGAUUAGAGAAAGCAAAUAUUAGAGGUCAUAGUGGUUUUUUGUUAGAUUUUGUAUAUUUUACAAAUAAUUUAAUAAUUACAAGUACAAGUAUCAAUUUAAUUUUAGGUUCUGAAGAUUAAACAAUUAAAGUUUUUGAUAUUGAGUAGAUUCAAAAUAAAUUACCACCAAAUAAAAAGAAGAACAAGAAAAAAGUAAAAUUAGACAAUCAAUAAUAAGAUUGA